AUGCCGGUAUCGUCUGCCUCAGGCAGCUUAUGUCCGUCUGAUAGCGCAGGCACUAUGGUCCCCAAUAUCCAGAAGGCGCAGGAGGCGGGAUGCAGUUUCCGCCUGCACUCGCCGCAGCAGAGCGCCGCAGCAGAGACGUGCCAGUGCAGAAACGGCAUGAGGAUUUUCGAGCGGUCGGUGGAGGAGUCGUGCGCAGACGUGUGGGACUCGGACACCUCGGAGGAGGAGCGCAGCGACGCGGAGGACGAUGCGCUGGGCGACGAGGCGUGUGCAGGCGGCAGGCGCGCGCGCGCUGUGCGCGCGCACAGCGGCGCCAGCAGCGCGCUGCGACAGACGACGUGCGCGCGCUGCCACAAACUGCGCGCGGCGCGCAGCGCGCACGACGAGCAGGGCCAGCGCCCGCGCACGAACAGCAUCAUACUCCAGCUCUCGCGGCAGACCACGCGACAGAGCUUCCUCGAUAGUGCGGCGCCGGGCCACGGCGACAGCGCGGACGACGCGGUGUGCCACACCAAGUCGCGCUCGUCGUUUUCCGCGAUCCCCACGCACAUCUACAGCCUCGAGCGGUACAUCAGCGCGGAGUUGGACUCCGCCACGGAGUCCUUCUUUGACACGGACGUCAAGCUGGCGGACACGUCCGCGACGAACGGCGUGAGCAGCGUCGCCUCGCCGAACUUCCCGAGCUCCUCCGCGAGCAUCUCCAUGAGCCUCGCCAGCCUCAGCUCGGCCUCCAACUUUAACGACAAGCUCUCGCCGCCGCCGGUGUUCCUGGACCAGCGCAAGCGCAGGAAGUCACACAUCGAGCUGGCGCUCUCCGAGUCGUUCCAGUAG